AACAAAAAAUAAUAUUAACAAUAAGAAUAAAUAUUUUCUUGUUUAUAUUAAGUAUCUCCAAGGAAAAAAUGGGAAGAAUCUCAUUAGCAGUAUGUUUAGUGUUACUUGUUGCAUUAAGCAAUGUAUAUGAAACACAAGCUCAAGCUCAAGGGAAGACGUUCUCCGUACUCGAUUAUUUGGCUCUCUUUCCCAAAACGGGCAAAGAGUUUGCGCCUUACGCUUCCAAAGGUUUACUAGAUUUCGUAGGUGCCUUGGAGGGAAAGUCUCCCACGACCGUAGAGUUCAAGAACUUCUUCACAAAUCUGAAAGGUUACAUAACGAGUUGCUUUCAACCGGCACCACCCGGAUCAGUCAAAUCUGGCCAGCUCUUCACGGCUAUUUCUGCAUUGAAGGGUUCCCAAACCGGAACAUCAUUUGAUUCAUGGAGGUUGAUAGAGGCCUUGGUUUCAAUGGAGAAGGUUUCUACUGAGAUGAAGACAAGCACUUCAAAUGUAAUGCCUGAUCCACAAUGGGAUAGGUUGUCCGGGUCUAUGUUCGAAUGGGUCGGAAGGAUUGGUCUUUUUGUGAAGGCGGUCUCCGAGAUAAAUGGCAAACCAAUCGAGCUAAAACAAUUUGAUAUUGAUUAUACCGACCCUACAUAUGCAUCUCUUUCUAAACAAUCUGGCGUUCGUCAAUCAACAUCACCGUUCUCGUUACCUUUCUAUUUAAGAAACAUUCCCAAAACGGGCAAAGAUGUUGAGCCAUUCGCUUACCAAGGCAUGCAAACCUUUUUACUUGACCUAGAAACUAGGUGUCUUGCAAACAAAGAGUUCAAGGAGUUCUUUGUUAAGCUGAAUGACUACAUGGCCAGCUUCAAGACGGUAUCACCUGAUACGUAUUCAAUAGAGAGCGAUAAUAUUUCGACUCAAGCUAUGCACCUAUUCUUAGCUUUGUCUCCAUUGGAUGGUACCCAAGUUGGAAAAUCAGAUCCGUGGAAGCUGGUUGAUGGGUUGGUGACAAUGGGAGAUGCUUUGGUUGAGAUAAAGAAGAGUGGUCCGGGUGCGAUAACGUUUGAACAAAGUAAGGAACUGACAUCGGCCAUGGUGAAAUGGGGUCGAGCAGUAGGUGAAUUCGUGAAGGCAGCUUCUGCUAAGAAAGGAGUAACUAUGGAUAUAUCAUUUGAAAACUAUGCCAGCUCUAAUGCUUCUCCUACUAAAGCAGCAGCAGCUGGAAACGGUGGAAAUGUCCCCACAGGACAAUCAGCAAAGACUAAAGCUUAGUGUAAUUCUUCAAGCAAGACGAUUGAGAUUUUUCAUUUUUUUUCUUUCUUAUUAUUAUUAUUCAAACAAGAAAAAUUUGCAGAAUGUGAGAGAUGAUUUGAAUAAAAUAUAUGUUUCAAACAUCUCGUCCUAAAAUGUA